UUUUGUUUUGAUUUUGGUUGCAGGGUUUAACAAAUCAUAAGAAAAUGAACAAUUUAUGUCCGACUGUCCUAAUCAGGGUUCGGAAAGCUCCGAAAAUAAAUUUAUAAAAAUUAGAAAAAAUGGCAAAUGUUUUGGUUCGAGUUAAUUCGGCUCCGAAGCAGCAAUUAGCUGCAAGCUUACUCCCGUUGUUUAAAAACAUUCAAAUCAGAUCUAAUUCUGCUCAAGUGUCAACUCCACCACCGCAGACAAAAACAAAGUUUGGCGGUCUCGCAGAUCAAGAUCGUGUCUUUACAAAUCUUUAUGGACGUCAUGACUGGCGUUUAAAAGGAGCCAUGAAACGUGGCGAUUGGUAUAAAACUAAAGAGAUUCUUGAGAAAGGUGUAGAUUGGAUAUUGAAUGAAAUCAAAGCUUCAGGUUUACGUGGACGUGGAGGUGCUGGUUUUCCAUCAGGCAUGAAAUGGUCUUUCAUGAAUAAGCCCUCAGAUGGUCGUCCAAAAUAUCUCGUUGUAAAUGCAGAUGAAGGAGAACCAGGCACUUGUAAAGACAGAGAAAUUAUGCGUCAUGAUCCACAUAAGCUCAUCGAAGGAUGUUUGAUUGCUGGUCGUGCUAUGGGCGCUCGUGCUGCUUACAUUUAUAUUCGUGGUGAAUUUUAUAACGAAGCCUCUAAUAUGCAGUUGGCAAUUGCUGAAGCUUAUCAAGCUGGCUUACUCGGAAAGAACGCUUGCAACUCGGGAUACGAUUUUGAUGUGUUUAUGCACCGUGGAGCUGGAGCUUACAUUUGUGGUGAAGAAACAGCUUUGAUUGAAUCUUUGGAAGGAAAACAAGGAAAGCCACGUUUGAAGCCUCCAUUCCCAGCUGAUGUUGGAGUGUUUGGUUGUCCAACUACCGUCGCUAAUGUUGAAACUGUUGCUGUUGCUCCAACAAUUUGUCGUCGCGGUGGCGUUUGGUUUGCUAGCUUCGGUCGUACUCGUAAUUCGGGUACAAAACUCUUCAACAUUUCUGGUCAUGUCAACAAUCCAUGCACCGUAGAAGAAGAAAUGUCAAUUCCAUUGAAGGAAUUAAUUGAACGUCAUUGUGGCGGUGUUCGUGGUGGUUGGGACAAUCUUCUUGGAAUUAUUCCUGGCGGUUCUUCAACACCAAUUAUCCCCAAAGAUGUUUGUGCUGAAGCUUUAAUGGAUUUUGAUGGUCUUGUUGCGUGUCAAACCUCACUUGGAACAGCUGCAAUUAUUGUUAUGGACAAGUCGACUGAUGUCAUCAAAGCAAUCGCUCGUUUAAUUGCUUUCUAUAAGCACGAGAGUUGUGGUCAAUGUACACCAUGUCGUGAAGGUGUUAGUUGGAUGAACAAGAUUAUGACUCGUUUUGUCAGUGGCAACGCACGUCCCGAUGAAAUUGACAUGUUAUGGGAAGUCUCGAAACAAAUUGAAGGACAUUCAAUUUGUGCUUUAGGUGAUGGCGCAGCUUGGCCCGUCCAAGGCUUAAUCAGACAUUUCCGACCCGUCAUCGAACAGCGAAUGCAAGAUUUCGAAAAACGUCAAGAAGCGACAAAUUAAAUUAAUUUCUGUAAGUUAUCAUCAUCUUUAUGUUUAAAAAAAGUUAAAUAAAUUUUCCUAGCACUGGAAAAAAGAAAAACAAA